AUGUCAACAACAGUAUUUGUUUCUGGAGCCACGGGCUACAUUGCACUGCAUCUUGUCAAACAACUCCUUAAAGCAAAUUAUAGAGUGAUUGGCUCAGUCCGUUCUGAAGAGAAAGGUCAAACAUUAAAGUCUAGUUUGGAAAGCAUCAAUAUUCCAACAAAAGAUUUUUCUUUUGUUGUUGUCAAAGAUAUAGCAGCCAAGGGUGCAUUCGACAAGGCCUUGCAACAGUAUGCAGACUCUAUAAAUGUUUUCUUGCAUACAGCAUCACCAGUGCAAUUCAACGUUAAAGAUGUCAAAAAGGACUUACUUGAUCCUGCAGUGGAAGGUACUACAAAUGCAUUAAACGCAAUCAAGAAAUACGGCAAAAACAUCAAGCGGGUUGUAGUGACGUCAUCAAUUUCUGCUGUUGGUACUUGGGGAGUUGAGUUGGGACCUGAUGUCAUAUUUGAUGAAAAAGCAUGGAAUCCAAUUACUUGGGAGAAAGCAUUAAAAGAUCCUCAACUGGGCUACAACGGUGCAAAAACAUUUGCCGAGAAAUGUGUUUGGGAUUUCGUAAAGAAGGAAAAGCCUCAAUUCACUGUGGCUACUAUAUGUCCUGGUAUGGUAUUUGGUCCUCAAGCAUUCCCCAUCAAUAACCGAAAAGAGUUGAACUAUUCCGCUGAGGCAAUCAACAAGUUGUUGAAAUUGAAGCCGGACGAUAAGGUCCCCAGUGGUGAAGGUAUGUACGUUGACGUACGAGAUGUGGCCAAGGCUCACAUCAAGGCUUUUGAAACCCAGGAGGCGCAAGGUGAAAGAUUAAUUUUAAUUUCUGGAAAGUAUAAUAAUCAAGAGGUUAUGAACAUUAUCAGAGAAGACUUUGACACAUUGGACCAAAUUUUACCAAAGGGUAAUCCAGAAGAUGCAAAGAAAUAUUCACCAAGGUUGGACAGAUGGCAUAAUGAAAAGACAAGAGCAAUAUUAGGGUUUGAUUUUAUUGGCUUAAAACAAUCCGUGGAUGACUCAGUUGGUCAAAUACUAAACGAUGAGGUGGAUUGA